GGUUCCUGCGGCAAGGGGCUCAGGUACAGGUGCUUCGUGAUCUGCUACGUUGACUACUGCGGCGUCGGCGUCCAAGUACAUCGAGCAGGCUCCGCUAGGCGGCUGCGUGCCAAGCGGAGACGGGGUGGAGUCGAGGUGAACUCGCGACCCUGCCCGACCUCUGUCUCGGUCGUCUGGUCGAGGCACGCCAUCGUGGGCUUCUCAGUUUUGCACGAGCAGGGCUACGAGCUGGUGCACUCAAGUCUUGAGCGGAAGAUGGUGGAACUCACAAAGGGCGAGAGGUUUCAUACGUUCCUGUGGCAAGAAUCUUAUCUGUCGUACGACCAGGCCGUGGAGAAGGGUUGCGACCUCAUCGACUGGAUUGGCAACCGGUGGGCUGAUUUCUUCACAGGACAUGCCGAGUGGGCGCAGAAGCUGGACAAGAGCGACACCGCCAAAGUCGUCACUGCAAAUGUGCCAGCCGCGAACAUCGAGUACCACGACUUCUGGCACGAUCCAGCCCCAG